GAAUGGGAAGCGUCAACCGUCCACUGGCAGGCAGCUCAGACUUGAAUUCCAAAGAACAUCUUCCAUUUUCCUCAGGUGUCUCCUGGGCUUGUCGUGAUGGUUAAGCCAACGUUGUAAUUCAAUUCGAUCGGGCCGAUGAGUUUUGCUGGAUUCCUAUCGGAUUCCAUAGCAAUCGGAUAGGAAUUCAGCGUCUUCAAUUCGCGCCAAUAAGUCAUCAUUUCAGCCGCACAAUAUAAUGGAUCAGUUCCGGCAGAUUGGGGAGGUUGUGGGGAGCUUGAAGGCAUUAAUGGUGUUGCAACAUGAAAUUUCGAUUAACCAGAGGCAGUGUUGUCUGCUUUCCGACAUUCUGGUACAGGCUUUCGACACGAUUGCAGAGGAAAUCAGACAGAAUUUAAGGUUGGAUGAGAGGAACACCAAGUGGAAGGUGCUUGAGCGCCCAAUGAUGGAGCUACAUAGGAUUUUUAAGGAAGGUGAAUCCUAUAUUAACCACUGUCUGGACAUCAAGGAUUGGUGGGGGAAAGCCGUGAGUCUCCGAUUAAACACUGACUGCGUCGAGUUUCACAUCCAUAACCUGCUGUGCUGUUUCCCAGUUGUGAUUGAAGCCAUCGAGGCUGCAGCAGAGAUCUCGGGGCAGGACGAGGAAGAAAUUCAGAAGAGGCGAGUUGCGUUGAUGAAUAAGUAUGGGUCAGACUGGAACGACCCGAGGCUUUUCAUGUGGAAGUAUGGGAAGCAGUACUUGGUCCCCCGGGAGAUCUGCAGCCGGUUGGAGAGAGCUUGGAAAGAAGACAGAUGGCUGCUGCUCGAGAGCAUCAAACAGAAGAAGAACACCAAACUGGGAGAGGGGUUGAUGAAGAUGUUGGAUGGGUCAGAGACGACGAACGCCAAGCUUUUGCAUACUUCCGUGUUGUUGAGAGCCAACGGCUAUGUUGCGAAGAGGCGUCUCGGGUCAGGGGGGAGCCACCUCAAGGAAAUCAACUGGUUGGGAGAGAGUUUCGCGUCGAGGAGCUUCUAUGGAGACGCUGAAGAACACGCUGCUCAGAUCUCGUUGCUGCUCUCGCUUUCUCACCCGAAUGUCCUCCAAUACCACUGUGGAUUCCAUGAUGAAGUGAAGAAAGAGGGGUUUCUGGUGAUGGAGCUGAUGAGCAAGAGCCUUGAUGCUUUCAUCAAAGAGAAUUCCUGUCAGAAGAAGAGAAUCUCAUUCUCCAUCCCUGUCGCGGUUGACAUCAUGCUUCAGAUCGCGAGAGGGAUGGAAUACCUGCACUCGAGAAAGAUUCAUCACGGGGAGUUGAACCCAUCAAAUAUACUGCUCAAACCGAGGUACUCCUCUGCAGAAACUUAUUUUCAAGCAAAGGUAGCUGGCUUCGGGUUAUCCUCGGUGAAAAGGAACUAUACAUACAAAAGCUCCUCAAAACCGGGAUCCAGUGCAGUUGAUGAGAUAUGGUGUGCACCGGAAGUUUUGGCCGAACAAGAACAACCCGGGAGCAAAUGCGCCAAAUACUCGGAGAAAGCUGAUGUCUACAGCUUCGGAAUGGUUUGCUUUCAGCUUCUGACAGGAAAAGUUCCAUUCGAAGAAGGGGAGAGGCCGCUCGAAGGAGGAAAAAUCUUCAGAAACUUAAUAGCCGGGGAGAGGCCUCUUUUCCCUCAUCCUUCACCUAGAUACCUUGUGAACUUAACUAAAAAAUGCUGGCAAACUGAUCCAAGCCUUCGCCCGAGUUUCUCAUCCAUUUGUAGGAUUCUGCGUUAUAUCAAAAAGGUCCUUGUUAUAAACCCCGAGCAUGGCCAGCCCGAGUGUCCACCCCCACUCGUCGACUAUUGUGACAUUGAAGCUCGAUACUCCAAGAAGCUCCCUGAGGACGGCAUCUGCACAGUGUCUCAAAUUCCUUACCAGAUGUUUGCUUAUAAGCUCGUGGAGAGGGAAAAGGCUUCGGGAAGCUGUAAGGAGAAGAGCUGGGAUUCAACGAAUGAUCGUGUGGGUGUAAUUGAUGAUCUCUUUCACAGGCCACCUGAUAGCAGAUCAGCUUACUCGGAGAUUAUUGACAGGAAAGACGUAGGAACAUUUGUUGAUCAAAGAUCAGUCAUCUCUGAUGACACACAGAGAAAAUCUCCAGCUGAUCCAAGGUCAAUUGUCGGAAAAACUCCACAGAGGAGAUUCCUGCCAGGAGUCUCACCUGUUGAAAAGUUGGGAAUUGCUGAAAUUCCAGAAUGGGGGAAGCAAUCAAGCUCGCCAACCGAGCAAAAUCUGCUGCUGCCUCGUGAUGAGAUGCCAGGAAGGAAAUUGAAUCCAUCGAGCGGGGAGAGCAAGAAGCGGAAUGGUGAUUGUAUGAACUCAGCAGAUGAGCCAAAACCAAAGGAAUCAACUAGUGAUCCGAAACCAGCAUUUCCUCAGACUCCGGAGCGAAGGCCCUCACCUGUUGAGCAGACGCCAUGCGGUUUUGAGGCCCCACAGAACAAGCAUUCAGCAGUAGUUAUGGCAAAUUACAAGAUAGCUCGCUCUGAAAGUACACAAAAGAGAACAUUAAGCAACAGCGCAAAAUUAACCAAGAUCCCAGAAAAGAAAACCCUUUCCAGUUCAGAAAUUGGUCAUACCUCCUCCACUAGUCCAAGGACUCCAGCUAAGGAUGCUCCAUCAAACAAGAAAUUUAAAGACACAAGAGCUAGCAAUGAAUCAGCAGGGAAACUAAAGGACCGACCCCCAUCAUCUUCUCCUGGAAGGAUAAAAAGAACACAUUCAUCGCCAGUAUUUUCAGCUUCAGGGAUCACAAGAACACAAUCAGUACCGGUUUCUUUGACUAUACAUCCUCUGAAAGCAUCUUCACCAUCAAGAGGCCCCCCAGUAAACACAAGUGGAUAUGUAUAUCCAGGUUUAUUGCCACAUCCCCACAGCAACAAAUUCAACAGAGAUGGCCUACUACAAUCAGUUAUGAGCCUGAAGGGACAGAGGAAAGCUCAAGUAAAAGAUACGGAGAUACCCUAGCUCUCUUUCCCCAUUCUUACAUCAUAUUUCCAUGUUUGCUUAAAACUGCACACAUAGUUAGGCUCAUGCAACACCACAUAAUUUCGUUUUCUACUUAAAACUCUUUUGUCAAGUUUUUGUUCCAUACCCAGGUUAGAGAUUCAGCAACAUUUAGUCCUUUUCCACUGCAGUAAAAGAAAGGAUAUUAGUCUGUCAUGCAAAUUUUUGUUCUACAUUAUUAUAAUAUAUAUGCAAUUGUUGUUUGGUAUUUUUGUGAUUC